CAUGGGGAGAGAUGUCGUCUUCCUGCUGCUGCUCGGCGCAAUCCCGGCCCUCAUCCUCCUCCAUCUCGCCGCCGCUCCCUAUACAAAGGUAGAGGAGUCGUUCCACAUCCAGGCUAUCCAUGAUAUUCUGUCCUCGGGGAUUCCCACUCGCAAUGUCUCCGAGACGCUCCGCGCGGAAUAUGACCAUUUCGCAUUCCCCGGUGCCGUGCCCAGGACGUUCGUCGGUGCCGUGAUACUGUCCGGGCUGUCGCAACCGUUCAUCUGGUUGAAGGCCAAUAUCGACAGACAAUUGCUCGCACGAGCUAUCCUGGGCCUCUUCAAUGCCGUCUCAUUGUUGUCAUUCGCUUCCGGUUUGCGACGCACUGCUGGCAAGACCACCGCCAUCUGGUACCUGCUCUUCCAAGCCAGUCAGUUCCACGUCCUCUACUACGCAUCGCGAACCCUAUCCAACAUGUUCGCCUUUGGCCUCACAACCCUGGCCCUACGCUAUCUCCUCCCGGAGCCCGUCAGCUCUAAGACCUACAAGAAACGGUCCCGACUCUCACUAUACCUAAUAACCAUCGCCGGCAUCAUCUUCCGCUCCGAACUGGCCAUCUUCCUCGCAACCAACACCAUCUUCCUCUUCGCAACCCGCCGAAUCAGCGUCCAGCGCGAGAUCAUCCCCGCUGGCAUCCUCGGCCUCAUCGUCGGCCUAACCUCGACCGUCCUCGUCGACUCCUUCUUCUGGCAACAAUUCCCCCUAUGGCCCGAACUCGCGGCCUUCAAAUUCAACGUCAUCUCCGGCCAAGCCUCCGCCUGGGGCACCCAUCCCUGGCACUUCUACUUCACCAACGCUGUCCCCCGUCUCCUCCUCAACCCUCUAACCUUCACCGUGGGAAUCCCUCUCGCCCUCAUCCAACCCGCAACCCGCUCCCUCGCAGCCUACACCCUCAUCCCCUCCCUCAUCUUCCUCGCCAUCUACAGCGCCCAACCACACAAAGAAUGGCGCUUCAUCAUCUACACCAUCCCCCCACUCACCGCCGCCUCCGCCCUCGGAGCAUCCUACAUCUGGACCCAUUGCGCCAAAUCCCUCCUCUACCGUCUCCUCUCCCUCCUCAUGCUCGCCUCCACUCUCGCCUCCUUCCUCCUCUCAACCUUCAUUCUCCUCCCCGCCUCCUCAGCAAACUACCCCGGCGCUCACGCCCUCAACGCCCUCCACACACACGCUGACGCCAACACCGAGAACAACUCCCCUCUCAUCUCCGUCUACUUAGGUAACCUCGCCUGCCAAACUGGCGUCACUCGCUUUCUUCAACACCCUUCCUCCUCAUCCCCCUCUACCACCAACACCACAACGCCAGUCUGGCAGUACGACAAAACCGAAAACGAAACCAUCAAAUCUACCUCCGCUUUUUGGUCUCAGUUCAACUACGUCCUUAUCGAGCCAGGCGAAGAGACAGAGAAGCUGAUUGCUGCGUCUGGCUCCGGCUCUGGAUCUGAGCAGUGGGAGGCCGUGGAGACGGUAGAUGGGUUCGCUGGGUUGCGGAUUGUCCGGCCUGGAGAUGAGGCUGUUGGUGCGGUUGAGGGGAGGAUUGUCGGGAAGGUGUUCGGUGCGGAAGGGGUAAGGUUGUGGGAGAUGGGGAGAGAGUUUGUUAGGAGGGUGGUUACAAGGGGGUGGUGGGCUGAGUUGAGGAUGGAGCCGAAGAUUAGGAUUUUGAGGCACGUGAGGGGGUGAAAGAGUGUAGGUUGGUGGAUGGAUUUAUAUACCCUAGUAGUUGGAUUGUUGGAAA